UGUUGUUUUUUUUCUUUACUGCUCCCUCAGGAGAGGAUGAGAGUCUCCGCAUCAAGAUGGAUAAUUCGAUUGCACGCUGAGAGAAGGAGAAACCUCCAACUGCUGGUCAGUGUGUUCCUGUUGGCGGCGUGGGGAGUGGUGCUGCUGGCGUUCCGCCUUUACUGGAUGGGCAACAAGCCGCCCAACUUCUCCAACUCGGACAACCCGGCGGCGGACUCGCCCAGCCUCCUGACGCGCGCGCUCACCUUCCUCUACCUGCCCGCGGUCAACGCCUGGCUGUUGCUCUGCCCCGACACGCUCAGCUUUGACUGGUCCAUGGACGCCCUGCCGCUGGUGCGGAGCCUCGCCGACUGGAGGAACGUCCACUCGGCAGCGUUCUACGCCACUUUGCUCGUGCUCAGCUGGGUCGGCCUCGGGCUGCCCUUCCGCCCCUCUGCCGCCUCCCCCGCUCGGGGCAAAGAGUCCAACGGGAAGGCCCAUCACCCAGCGGUGACCAACGGCAAGCUGGCCGCUACCACCAACGGUAACGGUUACCACGGCUCCGACCAGGACCACGGUUCCUCCGAGAGCGAGCACUCUCCGAGCAUGGAGAACGGCACGAAGAAGCCCGCUGCCCAGGCGGCGGCGGUAACCGCGGCAGCUCCCAGGACCUCGCUGCCCACCACAGAGAACGUGCUGGUGUUCUCUCUGGGCCUGAUGGCCGUGCCUUUCCUUCCGGCCACCAACCUCUUCUUCUACGUGGGCUUCGUGGUGGCCGAGCGCGUGCUCUACAUCCCCAGCAUGGGCUUCUGCCUGCUGGUGGCCGUGGGCAUGAGGGCCCUGUACAUCCGCCUCCGCCGCCGCUCCUCCAAGAGCCUAGUGCUGUACGGCGGCGCCGCCCUGGUGGUGCUCUUUGGGAUCAAGACGGUGCUGCGCAACCAGGACUGGCAGAACGAGGAGAUGCUGUACCGUUCAGGGAUAACUGUGAACCCUGCAAAGGCCUGGGGGAAUCUGGGGAACGUCCUGAAGAACCAAGGCAAGAUGGCUGAGGCUGAACGGGCCUACAGGAACGCUCUGUACUACCGCAGGAACAUGGCGGACAUGCUUUAUAAUCUAGGUUUGCUGCUUCAGGAAAACAACAAGUUCUCGGAGGCUCUCCACUACUAUAAGCUAGCCAUUGGGAGCAGGCCAACACUAGCUUCUGCGUACUUGAACACGGGGAUCAUCCUGAUGAACCAGGGUCGCGCUGACGAGGCCAAGCGCACCUUCCUGACGUGCGCCGACAUCCCCGACGAGAACCUCAAGGACCCGCACGCCCACAAGAGCUCGGUCACCAGCUGCCUCUACAACCUGGGCAAACUGCUGCACGAGCAAGGCAACCAGGAGGAGGCUCUUUCGGUCUUUAAAGAAGCAAUACAGAAGAUGCCCAAGCAAUUUGCACCUCAGAGUCUCUAUAAUAUGAUGGGAGAGGCCUACAUGCGACUGAACAAGCUGGCGGAGGCUGAGCACUGGUACCGGGAGUCUCUGCGCGCCAAACCGGACCACAUUCCCGCUCACCUCACCUACGGCAAGCUCCUGGCCAUGACGGGCCAGAAGGCAGAGGCGGAGAGGUACUUCCUAAAGGCCAUCCAGCUGGACCCCACCAAAGGAAACUGCUACAUGCAUUACGGUCAGUUUUUGUUGGAAGAGUCGCGUUUGCUGGAGGCUGCGGGAAUGGCGGAGAAGGCAGCACGCCUGGACAGCGGGGAGUUUGAUGUGGUGUUCAGCGCGGCUCACAUGCUCAGGCAAGCCAGCCUGAAUGACGCCGCAGAGAAGUAUUACGGCCAGGCAGCCAGCCUGCGACCCAAUUACCCUGCUGCUCUGAUGAACCUCGGUGCCAUCCUGCACCUGAACGGCAAGCUGCAGGAAGCCGAGGCCAACUACCUGCGUGCCCUGGAGCUGAAACCUGACGACUCCAUCACCCAGUCCAACCUCCGCAAGCUGUGGAACAUCAUGGAGAAGCAGGGCCUAAGGACCAUGGCACCAUGACACACACUCUCUCACACAUACAUACACACACACACACACACACACACAGAAACAGACAAAAAGACUUACACACACACACACACAGAAACAGACAAAAAGACUUACACACACACACACACACACACACACAAACACACAGAAACAGACAGAAAGACUCACACACACGUGGAGACAAACUCUCACCCAGACAGCCAGUCCCUCUCCGGUGCAAGCCCUCUCUGUGGACUAAGAAAGGACACAAGGGCUCAGACAUGGACUGGACUGCUCAGCCUCCCGGCCAUCUCGAUUGCUGCAGACACUGGGUUGUGGAGAAGGGCAAGAUGUGUGAAGAGUUUGAUUGCUUGUUUGUUUUUAUUUGUGUUUUAGUUCUUGAAGUUCACACAGCUAGGUGGGCUAGCUCUUUUCCCCACUCAGCUGAGCAGAGCACCUGACUUGACCUGGGCUGUCGGUCCAUACUUGAAAACUCCUGUUAAAUUAAGACUUUGAUGACUGAUUGAUUCGUUGGGGCAGUGUUGCCCUGGGGGAUGGUGCAAGAUGAUUGUGGCAAAAAAGGGAAAUUUAAACUACAGUACCCAUAAGGCCUUCCUCAGAGCAAGGAUUGUUGCCAAGUAAAGGUUUUUUUCAAAGGCCCUUGGCGGAAGCUAGUCUACGCCAGUUUCUCUGCACGUUGUAGGAACAUCACUAGUUCACUGUUGUUUUCCUUGUUUGCUAUGAUCUGUGGAAACUAUGAGGAGAGACAGUUUUCUAUGGUAGCCUAUUCAUAUAAACUAAUACCAAAUAUCACAUAACUGCACACCCCAUGUUUGUGAAGUAUGGUGAAGCAUGGUGUGUGUGUGUGUGUGUAUGUGCCACUCUUGUAAAUUUUGGUCUUAAAAGGCAAAGGUGACCAGAGGGCAGUUGAUUAGAUCAUUGGUCCAGGCCAGGUCGGACUAAUACACAUCUUCUCUAGACCAGAUCUGGUUCCAGACUGAGCUGUAAUCUGGUACCUCGUGGAAACUGGGCAUUCUGUUAAAGGUCCAGUUUGCCUGGGGACUUGGGUGUCCAGGUUGUGGAUCAAGGUUACAAUCCCUCUCGUAUCAAACAAUAUAUACAAGUUAAGCACUUGAAAGUCUACCAUUACCUUCAAUUAAGGUUUUUAGAGUGAAAAUAACCCAUUGUGUUUCCCAUGGCCUGAGUACAUCUCAUAUUCACAAUUCCAAUCUCACUGAAGGAAAGUGUUAUUCUACUCCGAUACUCUGAAGUUCAAAAUGGCCUCCAAGACGGCUUCACCUCUGACAUCUUAAAUGUUCUCUUGACUUUGCCAUUUAAGCCUUGGCUAAGUGCACACUCAGAAACAGAAACUCUUUUCUGACAUUUUCUGAUCAAACGUUAAAAAGGACUCAAGUAUUCAGGCGAUUAUCUAACUCUGAGGACAAAGGACACAGGACUGAGGCCUAGUUGUACUUUGUCUUACAUUGAAGGUGGUGAACUGAAGUGUUAGCAAAGAAUCUGAGAGUUCUAUAUUAUUUAUUUUCUCACAUACCACUUGUGUCUGUACUUCUUCGAGGUAGCUUACACAAAGGUGUAGCAGCGCCCACUGAAAGGGCUUCCACCUAAUGUUGACUGUUGGUCAGUGGAAUUUGAAGGAAAAUGAUGGCAUGACGUAGCAACGGUACUUUUGUUUUUGUGGUUCAGCAGUUGUGAUCUGAAGAACCAGAGCGAUCCUGUGUUUGGAUUGUGUCCAGUGCUUUACCAUGAGGAAUCAUUGAUUAACAGUAGUUUCACAUAGUUGUUAACAUUGAUAAAUCAUGAUUGACCACGUUUCACAUUUCUUACAGUUUGCUAAUACUGAGCUUAAAAGGUAUUGUUAACAUAAUGGUACUUUAUACAGUAUAUAACAUAAUGGUAUAAUGUGUUGAUUAACAGAACCCAGCUAUGCGCUUUAGCUAGCAUUUUAAAUAUGGAUCAUAAUACAAAAGAUUGAUUUAUUCAAGGUAAACAUAAACUUUACCUCUGAUUCCUCACUCUUAAUGUUAAUUAAGAUAUCCUCAAGGUAAAACAUGUUUCAGUUCUUUCAGUUCUUUAACAGUUGAGGAAUAAGAAUUCUGAUUGGCCAUGUUUGCCUCUAUUGAAUAUGCUUCUAUGGUGUGUUCAUCACUGCACCAGAAUUUUUGAAGGGACUGUCUAUAUGUACAAUUUGUUUAUUUGUGUAAUUCCUUAUGGAGUGUAUAGAUGAAACAUAAUAUAUAAAAGGCUACAUUAUCUUGCAUUAAGAUUUAAAAGUACAAGCCCUGAGAGGUUAAAUCACAAAGUUUUUUUUUUUUCUGAAUUAUAUUGAAGUAAUUGUAUUUAAUCGUCGUGUUUCUUUUUUCCUUUAUUUUCUUUUCAUAAUUUCAGUGCUCAUUUCUGCCAACUAGUGUCUGUAUGUGUUAACAUUUUAUUCUGUCAAUGCUAAUAUCCAUCAAACAUACUGAGAGCAAAUUGCUAAAGAAGAAGCUACAAAUGUCUGUUUGUGAAGGUCUUUCAAGUUCCUUUAAUAUUUGUCUUUUUUGUUUCCAUGGAAAACGAUCCAGCUGGGACUGUAUUGUAUUUCACAGGAAAUCGUUCAGCAGACUUCACAAGGAGCCACAGAACUACACAAGUGAUUCAGAUUGUUUGCUUGAUAGACUCUUCAAGUUAAGCUUUCAAGGCAUUUAUCUCUUCUCUGUUUGUUUAUUGGUUUGUGUGCACACUUGUCUGGUUGUCUACACAGAGAAUGAUUGGGGAAAAUAUUUCCGUGUGUGUGUGUGUGUGCGUGCGUGCGUGUGCGUUUGUCUUCAUGAAGGGAGAUGAGGGGUAGUAUCACUAUUCACUAACACUAAAAGUCUGAAGUAAACUAAGGAACUGAGUAUUGUUUUGUUGACACCGUUAUCGCAAACAGUGUAACAUACUCUAACUGUAUACCCUUUUCUCUCAUUCUUUGUGUGGGCACAGUACUUGUAAUCACAAACUAGUUUUAUCUCCCCAUUGAUGCAUCCACACUGUGUGUGUGUGUGUGUGUGUGUGUGUGUGUGUGUGUGUGUGUGUGUGUGUGUGUGUGUGUGUGUGUGUGUGUGUGUGUGUGUGUAUACGUUAGUGUGCGCAUGUAUCUGUCUGCCUUUUAUCCAUGCAUUGUUAGUUGUUAAAGCUUUUGAAAGGGAAGUCAAGUUUUGUUGUCUUGGUGAAAAUGAUUCAAAACAAACAAAAAAUCCCCCCCUCCUUCAUCACAUUCUCUCUGUUCCUCUCUUCUCUCUCUCUCUCUCUCU